GUAGAGCAUGGGUUUUAGUCAGGUGAUUAUUGAUGAAGGCCAACAGCGAUGGCAGGGCGAUAAUAAAAGAGAAUUAGGGAAGUAACUAGACAGUUGUCUGUUGGAAUCCAACAAGUCUGUAUCUGGUCUCCAGCAAGUGGUAGCAAUAGAAUUUGCAAAUUCUAUUCUGUAACUUUUGCAAAAUGUUUCUCAGGUUUUCUACUAUUAUUUUUCUGUUGGGUUGCGUCUCCGCCAAAUCGGUGAAUUUGCUUUCUUUGAACGAUGAUAAUAAUAAUGGCGACACGCGUUUGGGCGACACUACCGAUGGCGUGGUAUAUCUCUACCCUGAUUUAAGAGUCACGACGCUGGAUCCCAUCAUCACAGAGCCCACCAAACGGGAUGCGGACGUGACGGCCUCGGUCACACCUUUGCCCCAUCUUCCCCUCAGUAUUAGCAGGGAUAUGGAAUAUCCGCACAAAUCUAUUCCUUCUGAGGAAGAUGUUGACUUUCCAACCGAUGAUUAUGACAUCGAAUGUGACACCGAAGGUAUGUGCUGGGAUCACUAUGACUACUAGAAGAGCAAUGCAAUUCCGUCGUCUAACAAAGAGACUACAACAGGUGGCCAAAACAAAUAUUUUAUCUGUAGCCUACUAUUUCCCAUAACAUUGGUGUGGUUCAAGGUGUAAUUUGUAUCAUGAAUUUAAAUA